AUGGCGGACAUCCCAUGCACCUGUGUGCCCUACGCGCACGCCGAGGCGGCAGGGGAACAGGGCAGCAGGGAGGGCCAACUUCCUGGCCGCAAGGAUCCGCAAAGUGCCCCGUUACCCUCACUGAUUCGCUCCCCUCCUGGAGGCCGGCGCGGUGAGGGCAAUGCAGGCGAAGGGAAGUCAGGCGACGUCGUGGCCUUCGUCAACCGUUGGUUCGGGCCCUCGCACAUGGCUGUCCGGCAGCUACAGGCAGCCGCGCCCCCGCUGGGAGUGGAGGUCUUCUUCGUUGAUGCUGAUCAGGAGGCCCACCGCGCUCACCAGCUGGGCAUCUGGGGCGCCCCGGCGCUGCUUUUCUUCGCGAGGGGAGCGCAGAUGACCGUGCAGCGCCCAGAGGCGGAUGAUUCGAACAAGUACAUCGGCUCAAUCUCAAUGGACGAGCUGGAUUCCCUUCUUCGCCAGGCUCACCAUCUCGCAACACAAGCCCUGCUGCUCGCCCGGUAUGUGCUCCAGCACUUGCGCUGGUACCAGAAGUUCGAGGCUUUGGACGAUGAUUCGGACACCGAGGCCCAGGCAGCGCCGGAGCCGCUCGACGCGUACGCGCAGCGCAUGCUGAAGGGCCUCCCGCCCGACAUCGCCGAGUCGGUCCGGCAAACGCCCAACCCACGGACUCGCGAGGCGCUGCUGGCCGUGAACUGCUUCGUGAGCGAGCUCCACCGCCCGCUCCAGAAGACCCCUGCCGCGCAGCAGCAGCUCUUGAGAGUGCUGUCAACCGCCUUGAAAGCUCUGGAAGAGGGCGGCGAAGUCGAGACCUUGUUGUUCCGCGUUUGCACCGUGCUGCGCCACCCCGAGAUUUCCGCUGGGAAGGUAGGUCAAGCGCUGGGAGCUUGCGCGCUGCUAGGAAACGUGGAUAAAAGGCUCGUGCUUGCCAUCGCCCACGCCAGCUCAGAUCGGGUGGGUGAGCUCGCAACACCCUGCCUGGCGCGCGUGUGCUGGUCUGCAGCUUCCUUGGCCUCCUCAGAGGUCCGCGACGACGCUCUGCGCUUGCUGCGAAAAGCCCUGGAGCUGGCCGAGCGGCGGUUGGCGGACUUUGUGCCCGAGGACGCGUCUCUGCUGGCGUGGGCCUGCGCCACCGCCCGGCCUGAGGGCGCCGAGCAACUGCUCCGAGGACUCGUGAAAAACAAUGUGCCAGACAGCUCGCCCAACGGGCAUGUCGUGUCGUGGGCGCUGGCCAGCUUCAGCUUGAUUGAUUUGAUUGCGCCUGCCCGGGAUCUGACCUGCGAACCGGUCGAGCCGGACUGCGACUGUGAGUUGGAGUUGGAGCCAAGUCUGACCCCUGUCUUGCCGACCUACACCAUGGCUCCCCGCACGCUUCCUGGGCCCUUGGUUCCAAUGCCAACGAAGUUCGUUGCGGUGGACUGA